AUGCAACAAAGAGUGUGGCUGAUACAAAUUCCCCAACUUCCUGAUCUCACCCCAGCGUUAGAGGUUUCGAUGAUGGCAUUGGCUGUCGCCAAGCUGGGCGAAGUCUAUCAUGAUGACGGCCUUAUUCACGAGAGCUUGAAGCUUUACCGCGAGGCUCUGCAUGAAGUCCAAUUGGCCCUGUGGGAUCGAGACAUGAUGCUCCACGAUCAAACUCUUACUGCCUGUGUGGCUCUGGGCAUGUAUGAGAUGAGUCAAUGUCCGAAUCAGUCCAAACAUGGAUAUAUCAGUCAUACACUCGGCUGCCAAAAGCUGAUCCAACUGCGCGGUCCAGAGGCACACAUGGAUGGGUUGGGACAUUCGGUUUUUGUGCAUUUCAGGAUCCAAGGCAUUCUUUACUCGUUAGACCUGUCCCAGCCUUCCUUCUUAGGAGAGCGGCUGUGGCAAGAGGUGCCCUGGCAAAUCAGACCGAAAACUCCGUAUGAUCGGAUUUACGACUUCCUCGCCUGCGCACCAGAGCUCCACAGACAGGGCGAGAUGCUCGAGCAUAUGGACCCUUGCGGCAAGUUGCAGCUUGCGACGGAGAUGAUUUGGAAAUGCUGGAAGCUGGAUGCCGAGUUACAGUCUGUUUAUGAUUGUAUGGAGAAGAGCCACGACGGACCACUCUAUUGGCCAGAAUUGGCGAGAGAUAAAAGUCUCGAUCUUGGGUCGACAGACGGCAUGCUAUUUCCAGUGGCAUUCCAUUUCCCCAAUCUCUCCAUCGCCAACACUGUCAUCAUUUACUGGGGAGUACAGGCUAUAUUGUGGCAAGGCCUGUGGCUGCUCUACGGGGUUUUGGCGGAAAUCCAGAAAAUUCAGAUGGAUCCAGCAAAGGCCGGAGGCUUCGGUCAAGAAGACGCGGAUGGUCAUAACAAAUCUUCGGGAAAUACAGUGGGCAACAUCUGUCACUUCCCACCAUUAGAACAUCGGGCAGACUUUGCCGCGCCCUGUCGCAACAUACUUCAGUCCGUUGAAUACAGCCUGCAAGACGACAUGUUCGAUCAAGGGCCAAAAUGUAUUGCGGCUCCGUUGAGGAUGGCGGUAGAGACUCUGCUGCCCUACCCACAGUACAAGCGAGAGGUGGCUUGGGGAGAGAGGGCGAUAGAGAAAGUGCAAGAGCGAUCUCUCCGUCUACUCAUAUACUACAUCCCCAGAAGAUAG